AUGACAUCUACAACACCUCCAGACAUAGCCGCCCGCGUAGAAUCGCUGAUUCCCAGGUUCCUACUCAAUCGUCUACUCAACUCAGACCAAGCGGGUCGCCGUAUCUCCCUUCUCGGCACAAUUGACUCUCAAGAUGCGCUUCUCAUCGCCGAACGCGCGGCAUUCGACACCACAGACGCCAACAUGCAAGGUUUCUCUACCUCCUUACGGAACAUCAAGAAUCUCGGAGCCAACGAUAUCUAUGCCUGGUUCAUGGCUAACAGCAACCCCUCGGCGUCCGGCUCAGAUCCACCUCCCCCAGACUUCAAGAUCAACCUCAUCUACCCGUGCACCGCAAAGCACAUCAAGAAGUACACCAAACAAGGCGUUCGAAUUGUCCACGAGACCCCAGAGAUAUACGCUAAGUACGUACGCCCCUAUAUCGCUGCGCAGCACUCGAAGGGAACACUGCAAUGGGUAUACAACAUCCUGGACGGGCUGAAGGAGCAAGAAGACGUCAUCUACCGCGAGACCAGCCCAGAGAGAGGCUUCCUUCUCCUUCCCGACCUGAACUGGGACCGUAAGACCCUCUCAUCGCUGCAUCUACUGGGCAUAGUCGAGCGGCGUGAUAUCUGGUCGGUGCGUGAUCUGAAAAAGAGCCAGGUCGGCUGGCUACAGCACAUGCGCGAGAAGAUGCUGGAUGCUACGGUAAAACUGUACUCGGAGUUGGAGAUGGACCAGUUGAAGCUGUAUGUGCAUUACCAGCCGACGUAUUAUCAUUUCCAUAUCCAUAUUGUGCAUGUCGAGCUUGAGGCGGGAACUACGCAGGCUACGGGCAAGGCGUUGGGGUUGGAAAAUGUGAUAAGCCAGCUUGAUGGUAUGGCGGAUCAGGCGAGUCUGGCGGAUGUCAGUCUGAGUUACCAUCUUGGUGAGAGGAGUGAGUUGUGGGAGAAAAUAUAUCUGCCGUUAAAGGAAGGGAGGGAGGUCAAAGUCGAUCAGCUCUAG